AUGUGGGUAUCACCUGAUUCUUUGUGGGUUUUUCUGGUCCACGGUUGUGUCAUUCAUAUCGUUGAUCUCGUUCCUGGCAAAGAGAGGGUUCGGAUUAAGGCCAGGAUUGUUCGGUUGUGGAAGGUUCCUGCUUUUCUCAAUCCAAAUGAAUCUGGUUCUAUUGAGUUGGUUCUUGUGGAUUAUAAGGGAGGAAAAAUCCAUGCUUCAGUUAGGAAGCAGUUGAUUCAUGUGUUUGAAUCUCGUCUUGAGGAGGGUCGUGUUUACGAGUUUUCCGAUUUUUCUGUUUUUCCUCAGAGUGGUAGCUAUCGCACCACUUUGCAUCGAUACAAGAUUGGUUUCCAGUUGAAGACAGUGGUUGUGGCUGCUGAAGGUGAUGAUAUAAGUCAAUUUGGAAUAAAAGUUACAAGCCUUGCAGAGAUUGUUGCCCGUACUGAUGAUUAUAAGUACUUGGUUGAUGUCAUUGGUUUGAUGACUGGUAUUUCCGCUGAGAGAGAGUAUGUUCGUGAUGGCAAAUUAACUAAAAUGGUGGUUAUUGAGUUGACCGAUGAUACCGGCAAGUGUGAGUGUGCUUUGUUUGGUGAAUAUGCUGAUGAGUUGAGCAAAAAAAUGGGGAAAUCAGCGGUCAGUGGUUUGCCUAUUGUGGUUGUUCAAUUUGCGAAGGUCAAGAUUUUCAGAGACAAAGCAUCACUUCAGAAUGUGCAUAAUACUACUAGGAUUUUGAUAAAUCCAGAGAUUGCUGAAGUUGAGGCAUUUAGAAAUAGCAUUGCAGUUCAUGGUAUAGACAAUGAUCUUAGUCUUUCCAUGAUUGGUGAUCGUCUUCGGCCAACUUUUGAGGAAGAGUUUAUCCAUAAUAUCUUUUAUGUGACUUAUUGAGUUUAUUCUUUAGAGCAAUGAGAAGUCCUUGCAACGGUGGCUUGAUCACGAGCUAGAAGUCAUGGUAAAAGAGCACGAAGUUCGUUUUGAGUAUGAGAAGUAGAGCCAAGUGCGGGCUGCUCUUGUAGAGGAGUUAGCAAUGCUGAGACAAGUAAAUGAGCUUGCUGCCAAUGGUCUCAGUCCUCCAAAAGGGAAGAAUGAAUUUGCUAG